UGCAUAUAUAGGAGUUAUCUGUCGGAGAUUUACGCAGAACACCAUCCUCCCGCCCAAGAAGUUGCGCCUUCGAAGUCGCCGUCUUGGAAACCGCCAUUGACGACAUGAAGGGGUACAUCCUCGUUUCGAUUUUGGCUUGCCUAGUGGCAUUAUGCAGCAGUGCAGUGGAAAUUCAAGAGCCGUCGAAAUUAACAUCUACCAUAAAUAAACCUAAUGGAGACGUGAAGGACCUCGACGCAGAGGCCAGUGACCGGACAUUCCUAGUCAACAGGGACUAUGGUGCCUACGGAGGAAGUUAUGGGAGUGGCGGCGGCCUAUACGGGAGUUACCCAGGAAUAGGAACUUCCCUUUAUGGACAGAGUGCCACAUAUCGUGGCUUGGGUCUUAAUAAUGGGUACAGAGGGUACGGAGGAAUUCUCGGAGGUGGUCAUACCGGGUAUGGCUAUUACGGUGCUACUGGGCUAGGACCUAGUUAUGGAUAUGGAUAUGGAACGGGAUAUGGAACCGGAUAUGGAACGGGAUAUGGAACCGGAUAUGGAACGGGAUAUGGAACAGGAUAUGGAACGGGAUAUGGAACCGGAUAUGGAACCGGAUAUGGAACCGGAUAUGGAGGUUAUGCAGGAUUAGGAUAUGGAGGAUACGGUUCCGACUACGGAAGCUAUGGUUCUGGAUACAAUGGAUAUGGUUAUAAUUAUAAUGGAUAUGGUAAUGGCUACGAUAGUGGAUACUUGGGAUACGGUCGAGGUGGUUAUGGUGGUUAUGGUGCUUAUGGAAAGGGAUAUGGAGGUUACAAGGGUGGUUACGAUCCAUACGAUACCCGUGGAACUGUUUAUAGUAGUUACGCUGGUAUUGCUGGUGGUUAUCCAACAGGCUACAGAGGCUACUCGUAACGAGAUAACUCAACGUCUCGUUUAUUAUAAUUUUUUUUAACUUUUGUAUACGUUUUAAUGUUUAAAACCCAAAAAGGUUCGAGAGAGAAAUUACUAAGUAUCUUUAAUAAUUCUUAUCGCCUGUAAAUUAGUCCCAUUAUAGUUGACAAAAAUUAAUUACGCACAUGUUCGUACACAUUUUUUCGGUUUCUAUUUUAAAUCAUGAAAUAAUUACUUACUUACCUUCCAUUGUACAUCUAUGUAUCGAAUUUCAUCGGAACCAAGUCGUAGGUACUUUCAUGUCAUCAUCAAAGUUACACUUAUAACAUUAAGUUGUCGUAAUGUUUUUAAUGUGUUGAACCAUUUGAGAGUCUAACAUGUAGUCCUCUACCAAUUUCAUUGAAUAGGAUGAAAAAGGUGAGAAAUGAAAUAUGAUAAGUCGAAGUAAAUAAAAAUAAUAAUUAGUACGAAGUCAGUGAAGGGGGAAUAAAUAGCUUCUUGAUAUAUGAAAUUGUAUAAUUUAUUUGUCAAUACGUCUAGUUGCAUUCACUAUUGCGAAGCAUAUAUUACAUGGCUUAAUUCGAAUUAAUUCUAGAUAAUCUCGUAGUAUAGCACCGAUUAACAUUUUCGUCAAGUCUGGCGCUCGAUAAUGGCAUCGAGGGAUUGGAACGCUCGAAAAAAAAAAAAAUUAUGAAACUUCCCUUCCCUUUCUGCACCUAAAUCGUCACGAAGGGGGAAGAUGAACAAGCCGAAGGAGACCUACCCUAAAAUGUCUUCUUAAAAUGGAUGAUUAGGUUAAGGGACCUAAGAGUGACCGCGAUAUCUAAAUUAAGUACUGAGUCUGUAUGGAACCUAAUAUGAGGUACUGUACAAUUGCAGACAGUAUGGAACAUGAUCUUCGAGUAAUAAAACGCAAGGACCACCA